AAGGCAAGCACCCGACAUUCUACUGGCGAAAUUUAUACAUGCGGAUAUAACGGCUCGUGACGCAAUCAAACUCGGUUUUUACAGGAAUAUAACAUACUAAACGGCAAGAGUACGUUAAUAUAUUUUUUUGCUUUACAUAGUUAUAUAUAUAUAAUUUUUAAGUUAAAACGAAUCGUUUUCUGUGACUUGUCUGUUUCCUGAUCCCGCGUGCGCUACCUGAACAAGUUAUUCGCGGGCUAAAAAUGUCCUAGUCUUCUUCAACAUUGACAACGAACAUGUGGUAAGUUAAACUUGUCUUUUUUUUUUCUUCUAAAUAUUGCGGUUUUAAUUGGUAACUAACGUUUUCUCGUAUUUCGUAACGUUGGUUACGUUACUGUGACUGCCAUUUUUGUCAAUAACUUGCCGGCUAACGCUAGCAAACGUUUGUUCAAUCGUGAUGAUAGUUAAGCAAACGUUUGUUCAAUCGUGAUGAUAGUUAACCUAUUCCUAACUAACGAACAAAAAAUGGUUCUGUCAAAUUGACCCUACAUCGUGAGGAUUAUGAAGUCCGCUACCAAGCUAUACUGUAUCUAGCAGCUAGUAGGUCAUGUCAUUCAUUUUAUAAUAAUGAAGAGUCGCUAACAAAAGAUAGCUAGCCAUUACGAAACAUGGCUUUCUAGGAUAGUUUAUAUGGCGGGGAUUGACAAUUACGUUGGUAAACAGAGCUAGGUAGACGACUGGCAAUAGCUAACGUUAGGUAGUAAUGAACAUUCGACAUUGCGGGUCAUGUUGGUGCGAGCUCUGGUGCGAGUCAUGAUUGAAUGAAUUAUGACAAGUGCUCUGCGUCGUAGCUAUAACUAGAUGUCUCUGCAGCUUUAACAUAUGCACAACUUUUUAUAGCUAUGUUACCCAUCCUGUUAAAUGUCUAGCCAAUAAUUCUCAACUCCAGGAUACCCGGCGAUGUUGGGUGCCGAGGCGAUUCGUUUUUUGGCGGAGUGUAACUUUAGCCUACCUCUGACUACAGUCGAGUCGGUAUCAGUCAAUACUUUAGGCAAGCCAGCCUGUAUGUAAAUUAUUUCAUUAGUAACGUGUAGUUAGUUAACUUUACCUAUGUUUGUCCUGUGUAGUUGCAUUAUUUUCGUUGGGUGACGCAAUCGGUCUGUUAGCUAGCCAUUAAGAAUGUCGCGUAAAAUGAUGUGUGUAUAUGUAUGUUUGUUUUAGUCGUUAUUUCUACACUUAAUACAAAAUACAUACAUGUGAAUAAAUACAUGUGAUGGGAACAAUGUCAAACUGCCAAUAGCGUUUAACAAUCUGCCACUAUUGUUUAACAGAUUGUUAAACGCUUACGGCAGUUUGACAUUGUUCCCAUCACAUGUAUUUUGUAUGAAGUGUAGAAAUAACGACUAAAACAAACAAAUAUAUCAUUUUACGCGCCAUCCGCCAAGGGGAGCCGGCGUUGUUUAACGCAGAAUGAACAGCCCAGUCAUUGUACGGCGCAAUUUAAGAGGUCACAGAAUAAAGGUAUCAAAAACUACGGAUUGCAGGACUAAACUACACAGGGCGAACAGGGGUACAAGUUUCGUAUGAAAUACGUUUUUUUUAUAUGUAUUUUUUUACUACAAGUAUCGACAGAUACCGACUCUAUGUAGUCGGAGGUAGCCUACACUCGACGCCUCGGCAUUCAACUCUAUGGGGUAUCGUGGAGUUGAGAAUUCUUGACUAUCUAACGUUAGAUGGCUAGUGUUAUGUUGCAUCGUCGUGUAUACAUUUCUCUGCAACGUUGGCUAGGAGUAUGUUGGCAAUUUCUGUUAUGUUGUCUAGCUGCCUUUGGUUAGUCUCUUCUUGCGACAUCCCCCAAAAUGGCUUCCUUAUUGCAUUGUCUUCAGGCAAGCCAGCCUGUAUCUAUAGGGGUACCCAUUCAGUCAUUGCACAAUACAUUCUGGGAAGGACGUUUGCUCAAUUGCAUACCUAGUAGCUCACCAGCUCAUAUUUUGCUAAGUAACUAGUUGUAUUCAUGCCGUGGACAGAGCAAAGUGUUGGCGUAAAAAAAAGGUGCAAUUUUCCACACUGACUUUCUUAUUGAAUGGCCUGGCCACACUUUCAUUUCGAUAAAGAAUAAGUGGAUAUGGUCAGGCUCCAGGUUAGCUAUUGCUACUACUGCUCUUUUGAGUAGUGUUGCAAAAUGGUAAACUUGUGGAGUCAUGCAAGUUGUUUUUUCAGAUAGCUGAACCGUAUUUGCCAUGGUAGGAUUUGACCAUCAUAAAUUUACCCGCAGCUGGUCCCCUCUGACUCAAUAUUGUAUAGCCAUGAAUGAUCUGAACCAUACUGUUGCUAAAGCUUUGUAAAGGUGGAAGAAGGGAUGGUUACAUAACGAAGACAUUUCUCCCUCUUCUCUUUCAGGAUGUUCUGCCAUUCACCUACAGUGACUGUUGAACAAUGCGUGUCUGUUCAGUCUGUAUGAUUGCCCAAAGCCAAAGAAACCCUAACAAAUCUAGUAAAAUUACACGAUAGCAAUACAUCACACUUUACCUCUCCAUAAUUUAUUGUGGUUCAGUCAGGACAACACAUAAACUCUCAGUAAGUUUAGUUAACCUUCAAAACCUUGAGGGUUAGGGUUUCAAAGAGAAGUAAUUGUAUACACACAUUGAUACCUCGUUUAAUUUUGCUGCUAGCAAAUAUCACAUCUAUUUUGAUAUACAUUCCCUUAUAUCGUGACACCUCAAUCUUUAGAGCAAUCAAUCAGGCACAAUGGUUUCGACAACUCUUGCCACUCUUACCCUGGCGGGCACCACACUGGGGAUCAUGGCCCAGGUCACUGAUGGGCCACUGACAGACUACAUGUGGCUUCUCAUAGUUGGCUUUAUCAUCGCCUUCAUCCUAGCCUUCUCUGUGGGGGCCAAUGAUGUGGCCAACUCGUUUGGCACGGCAGUGGGCUCUGGAGUGGUCACCUUGCGGCAGGCCUGCAUCCUGGCCACUAUCUUUGAGACCGUUGGAUCUGUGCUUCUUGGAGCAAAGGUCAGCGAGACCAUCCGCAAGGGCAUCAUCGACGUGGGCAUGUACAAUGGCUCCGAACACGAGCUGAUGGCUGGCUCUGUCAGUGCCAUGUUUGGUGAGUGACACAAAUUAUUAUAAUACCCUUUUGUAGGUAAGCAAAUUAUUUCUUUCGAUUUGGACAUCUUGUGUAUGGUUGUACUAUGAUGUAAUGUUGAAAUAGUGCUGGAACUGUUCACAUUUUCAAUUUGACUUUUUAUGCUGAUUCUCAGGUUCUGCGGUAUGGCAAUUGGUGGCCUCAUUUCUCAAGCUGCCCAUCUCAGGGACCCACUGCAUUGUGGGUGCUACCAUUGGCUUCUCUCUGGUGGCCAGAGGUCAACAGGGGGUCAGGUGGCUGGAACUCCUUCGGAUUGGUGAGUCAGCAGCUUCCAUUGACCACAGCUUACUUUGAAGUGAUCCCUAUAGUCAAAGUAAAAUGAACAGCUUCUAUUAUGUGGCAUGGUUUAAUUCAGACACCUUUGUACGAGUAAUGCAAGUGUCUGGUGUUCUUCCUGAGAGCACUGUGCAAUGCUAAUUUUUGUAAUCUCCACAGUUGCCUCCUGGUUUCUCUCCCCCCUUCUGUCUGGCAUCAUGUCAGGCGUCCUUUUCUACUUUGUUCGUAUGUUCAUCUUGCACAAGGUAAGCUGACUAAAAUCUGCUUCUAUCUAAAUCUAGAUGUUCUUAAAUUGUAUGAUGCUUCCUGUUGGAAAUGGUUGUAGUCUGUGCCAGACCAUAGAUGAUGUCCCAGACAUCAUAACAAGGUCAUUAUAUUAAACAUAGAAUAAAGACACUCCUUGUUCUUUGGAAAGGGGUAUUAUUCUGCAUGUAAUCUCACAGGCCAUUUAUGUUAGAUAAAAUGUACUGACACACCUCCUAUUCUGCCAUAAAAUGUAACCUGACAGUACAAUGGGGAGCAUAGUGUUUCUCAUUUCUGUUUGUCCCCUUGUAGAAAGACCCGGUGCCCAACGGUCUGAAGGCCCUGCCUGUCUUCUAUGCUGUCACCAUGAUGAUCAACCUGUUCUCCAUCAUCUUCACUGGCGCUCCAAGUGAGUAUCGUUGUCCCAGUCUACCUUCACCAUGCAUGCCUGCCUACAGCCUAAAAUAAACUGCUCCCUCAGCCAGUCGGAUACCCACACUUUUUCAAGACUGAACCAGAAUGUUUACUGUUCUCGGAGAAGGCCUGUUAUUUUAACCUGUUGUGUUUUGGGUCUUUUCUUGAAUGUGGUUAUGUGGGUCAUGACCGAAUUAAAUUACAGAGAGGAGCACUUCACAACAGGGAGCUGGAAAUAGGAUUUCUCUUUUAUUCUUGAUGUCAAUGUCUGUCCCUUUCCCACAUGGAGGAGGAAAAGUGGAAGUAAAGAGGAUGUUAACUCUGCAGCUGGGCGUCUUUUGUCUCCGUCAGUAGUCUCAUUGAGUAGGGCCCUAUAAAAUCUGUUUUUCGGAAGGAAUCCAGACAUUAAAAUGGAAUACAUAAAUAAUGUAUUAAACUUAUUAGAACAUUCAUUAAUUUGCCCAAGUUAAUAAUAAGACAUGAACAAAAAGCAUCAGUGAUUUUGUAUUUUCCUGCAACUUUCUGAAACGGCACAGGAAUGCCCCCGUCUGUGUGUUGUACAUGUCUGGUCUACACUAUGUGUACCUGUUAGCGAUAAUGCUAAUGAUAACCGUCUGUUGGUAGAUGGAACGACUUUCCCAAAAACGUUCUCAAUUAAAUGUUAGCUACUAAGUAGCCUAUGCCUACCUGGCAGAAUGAGAUCAUUAUUAUUUGUGUCAAUCCAUUGGCCGUUUGUUUUGUAAACCCUGCAAUCACACGAGCGCAACAGAAACACAGCUAACCAAACAAGUCUCUAGCUGGUGCACAUUUGCAUUAAAGUGUAACUACACCCACAUUUCUUAGACCCCCCCCCCCCCCCCCCAGACCUCAAAAGUGAUAUCCUGAUGUGGUUUAAGCAUUGGUGUGGACUUACAAUAUCCAAUUUAGUUUUUUCUAUUAAAAAAGGUGAUUUAUGGGAGCGAAAAACAGAAACCUGGAGAAGAAGAGAAACGAUUUUUAUAGGGCCCUCAUUGAGAGCACUGCGAUUAUUAAGGUCUGCUAUAUUGUUGUUAACUUUUUAGUUUUGAAACUCUUAUUAAAUGAGCCACUUUUGCUCCUUGUUUUCUUCUACCUACAGGACCGAACAGUUCAAGAAUUCAACUGGCCUGGGCCAUUAAAUGAAGGCUACAGGCCAGAGUAUGACUUGAUGUGUAUAUACGCACAUCAGCACACUCACUCAGAGGAGACCACAUGCACUCAGUCACAUAAUGUACUGUUGUCACUCACACCUACACGUGAGUGUACUGUACAUGGGGACCUUUUACUCUGGGGCACCUCACAUGAAGUUCCAUACAGAGAUUGCAUUCCAGGAAUCCAGCUCAAUACAUUUCAACACAACUGAGAAGAGCUCAGGGAGUGAUUAAUGGGAGAACCAGAUAUGACAUAAUGACAUGUAGGCCUACUGUAUUCACACGCGCUGAGGAGGACGUGUCUUUACACAUACUGGCACACUUUUAGACUCUGGCCACUGCCUGUAACUGGAGCUGGCUUAUUACGAGGCUAGUUCUGAUCUUUAGCCACACUUAGUCAGUCACUUCCUCAUGUUAUAAGUGCCUGGAUUAAGAAUUCAAAACAAGACAGGAGUCCAUGAUUAGCCCCUUCCCCCACUUUCCUUUUCUUGCACAGUUCAUUCAGGUGCAAUGUAUCCAAAUGGGUUAUACUAUUUCAGAACACAUUUCAACUGUCCUCUCAUCAGGAUGUCUUUUAAACCACAGAAAUCACAGGAUAAGUAAUGGAUUGCACCACCAUUUUUUGUGUGUUUUGGCUGCAUUUGGUUCUAGAGUUGUAUAACAGUAGUAUAGCGGUGACUGAUCUGCUAGUCUAAUACAGCCCCUUUUUAAAUUCAAUGGGUGACGAUGGAGGCGGAGUCAAGACUGAGAACUGUACAUUUUGUCUCCUGUUUUAGGACUCUGUUCCUUUGGUUUAACUUUAACGUGGCAAUCCCGCAAGCGUGUUCCUAUACACAAUAUAUCAGAUCCUAGUGCCAGAGACCUCAGUUGGAAUGGGUGAAAAAUGAAUGUAACUCAAGAGUGGAUAAUUUACAGAAGAGGCCUUGGCGGUCCACACCUUGUAAAUCACCCCAACUUAUUUUAGCACAGCUCUAUUUAGUGAUUAGGAAGCUGUACAGUUGAAGGCUUUGCCAACAGAGGAAAGGUCUGUCACCAAUUUAUGACCAUGUCAACAUUUAGCCUACAUUUGAUUUGUUGAACCAACCAAGCAAAUAUUGGUCCCCUCUAGUUAGAGAAUCAAAUCAUUUCUUCACUUACUUGGAUAACCUGCCUGGCCUUCACUACAAACUGUGCACUUUCAAACAGUGGACACCCCCAUGUCCCGGUAUUUCAGUAUGCUUUAGCCAGAAUGCUAAUUUUCUGCUUCGGUUCCCCUUUGAAAAAGAGACAGUGGGUGGCUUGUUUGUUUAGGGGACACUAAACAAUCGGGAAAGUAGAAACGACUGAUCAGUGGCACAGCCGAGAAGAAUGGGUUUAUUAAACUGAGCUGUGACUCAGAAUACACUACAUGCCAGAAUACGACUGUCUCUAAAUGUCUGAAUGGUACAUCUUGAUAAGAAGGCACAUUGCCUGUUUGCACAAAUUUAACUUUUUGGUGGGGCUCAAUAAGUGGACACCAGCUCAUUACCGGAGUAUAUGCCAAUUGAGAAAUGAGUUUAUCGUUUUCUGUGGUAUAAGGCCCUUAAAAUUACUGAUUUUAGAACAUGAUAGACUCUGAUAGGCAAGCAACGCUUAAUGCAACUGAAAUAGUUUGUAGCCUACUUUAUGUUCGUUCAGUUAGGAAAAGUUGAGCUUUUUUAUUCUGUUUUUAGUUUAUCAACAUUCUGUUUACGCUACUAGUAGUAGGCGUUACAGACUGGGACCAUAAAGAGGAUAAUUGGCCGACGCCACCCAUCCUAACUAUACAAUUGGUCAUUUAACGAUCAUGAGGGCUGGGGCUCAACCGCUCUUGGGGGAAAAAAUGACAGACCAUGUUAUUGUGUAAUGUAGGCCACGGGAUGCAGAGGUUUACAAGGGAGUGGUUUGGAACCGAGCAGAGAUUUUUUUAAUUCCACUUCCUGUGACCUCCAUCAUUCAUCCCACUGGAAGUCUGUGGUGUAGACUCGCCCCUUUUUGUGGGUGUGUUUAUUAUGACUGGCCCGUUGCUAGCCCCCCCCCCCCCCCAUUCUCCUCUUUAGGGGGCACUUAUUUUUGCCCACUGUUAAUUUGGCACCAGCCACCCCUCACCCCCUCCUACCCCACACAAAUGUCUACCGGCCGCACCUGUUUUGGGCUGUCAACACAGCCACUGAGUCAUUCUAGACUAGUCUAAUGGAAGAAGCCUCCGCUGUUCUUAGAAGAAAAACAUUCUAACGCCCCCCCUUGCCAUUUCCACUCCUCCUCUGCCUCUCCCCUCCCGGAGGGGGUGAGUUUGUUGCGUAACUAAAUACUCAUUGCUCAUGUGCCACGGCCUGCAGCAUGUGAGAAUGAGUCAGUACAGACUACACAGGAGAGAGCAUGAUGGACUCUGCUCUUUAAUGAACACCACAACGAGACACGUUAUCUCGGGCCCUGGCCUUCCAUUUCCUUUAGUUUUUCACAUCCCAGCCUACAGUUUGGCUUUUUCUAUUUAUUUUUUUACGUGUGGUCAAGGUUACCGCAAACGUGAAGCUUUAAUUUUCGAGCAGCACUUUAGUUUUUUACUCUGACCAUGUUGCUGACUCUCCGACAUGUCGCUUGCUGCUGUUCCCCCAGGGAAAUCUGUAGUGGUCCUUUUCCCUGCCAGCAGCACACACAAGACCGUGUUGGCACCCCCACAAACACUACCGCAGUCUUGGCACACAGAUGUAUUUUAUGCUACAGCGGACACUGUAAAAAAAAAAAAAAAAAGUCUGCUCCUUUUAUUUAAGUCCUCUCACCUAGCCUUUUAAGGCACUCCCUGUCCAUGUCACUGCGACAUCCCUCGUCAUUCACAUGCUUUUCUCACCCCACGACAUUGCGUAACUGUUCAGAUCUAUGGGCACACUAACGUGCCAUAUUUAACUGGGACAUUUGCCACUUGCUGUGGCCCAUCCUUGUAGCUAGUGGUGAAGGUGUGUUUGAGGUAAUACUAACAUUUUCCCUGGAAAUAUGACCAUGUGCAAUGAAUAGAUGUCCAAAUGAGCGUUCUAGCAUUUUACCCUCUUAAAUGUUUUUCUCUGUACUCAGUAUGUUAAUUUGUUAUCCUAUUGAAUUAUAUUAUUUACUGUGUUAUGGUUGAUAUUGUAUAAUAUAGAAAUAUUUUGUAUUGUGAAUAUUUAUAAUAAGAAUGUGCUACUGUAAUUCUACCAACUAUAGGUGAGGCCCCAGGUCCAGAUAAAAUAUUAGUCUGAAUACCUACGGUCUUCUACUGUAAACCUUUAGAACUGUAGCACAUGUUGCCUUGUUUUUCAAAACGAUCUUUCCUCUCUAUUCCCCCCCCCCCCCCCCCCCCCCUCUGUGUCACUCCAGUGCUUGGAUUUGACAAGAUCCCAUGGUGGGGCACACUGCUCAUCUCUUUGGCCUGUGGUGUGCUGACCGCCCUGUUGGUCUGGUUCAUCGUCUGCCCACGCCUCAAGAAGAAGAUUGAAGGUAAGUCAAUUUAAUUUCCCCUUCAGUUUGGCACACCUCUUAUAAAGUUGAUCAUUUAGGGUUUUAUUAGAUAGAGAAUUUGAGGUACUCAUUCCAUGGUCUCACCUGGAAAAUACGUUUUGAUUGGGUGCUGUUAGCUUGAUGCCUUACAUUGGGCACUAAAAGUGUCAUAGGGAUUAAUACUGCAUGUGUGUGGCCUCAACCAUUCAUGCCAAGGGUUUAAUCCAGCAAAUAGAUUCAGGGCUGCAGGCAUGUUGAUGUUUUACACAUUAAUUCUGUGUGCUGGCUUGUCUUGGAAGUUCUCAAGUUUGAUCUUUUAAUACAAAUCCACAUUGAAUUGACAAUUAGCUCAAAAUGCAGGAAGAUAAUUGUUCUGGUCAAAAGUAGACCUGUCUCUUAAUAGUGAAAAGGAGUCUUAUCACAUGAUCUGAAAUCCAGGAUGGAAAAGUUUCUUAAAUAGCCUCCCUUUUAUUUGAAUGGGUACAAAAGUGAAAAGUUAGAUUUUAAUAUAGUCUGUAUUAUCUUAACUUUACUAUAAGGGGCCAUUGGUGGGGCUUCUGGUGUACAUCUGUAUAUCCAUGAUAGAUCUGUCUGGUAGGGUCCUAUUCCACUAAAUAGAGGCGCUUAAUUGGGUCAUAGUGAUCGACUCAUUGGCCUUUACCUCGACUAGAAUAGCCAUGGGUUGACUUAAGGUAUUGACGUGAAGUUGGCACUGAAUCACAGGGUUAAGACUGUGCAGGUGAUCUCGACUGACGUGGCUGAAGUCGAAAAUAAACUCUGCCUCGACUCCUGUCCUAACCCGUUUGGAUGACGCAAUCGGGUCAACUGGCUAGGUAGCAGACCAAACCGUUCUUAGGACUCACGCGGUGGACAUAUGUUUGCAUUGAGUAUCUGAAACCGCAAACAAAAAGUCAUGCAGGAUACAUCCACUUUCAGACCUUAUCUACAUAUGCCUACAUGUAAAGGUUUUAAUCGAUAGCACAAUGUAAAUAUGCUCAAAUAAGAACAGUCAUUAGCCCUUUUUACCUGCACUUAUGAACACUUUGGCUCCCUCAAAUUUGAAUGCGUUUACCCCUAUAGUAACUAGGGCAGCUGCUAUUGUUUUUUCUCAGCUGGUUAUGCAAUUCGCAAGCAUUUCAAUACACCCGCAAUAACAACUGCUAAACACCUAUGUGACAAAUAACCUUUGAUUUGAAUUAUUGUGUAAAUCUUAAAUGUUGAGGUGUAUAAGAACCAAAUGUGCCGUCUCAUAUUCCCUCACUGUACCGUAUUCGUGUUUGGACUCGGCCCAGGCAGUCUAACUCCACUCUCUUCCCCCUCCAGGAAAAAUCAAGUCUUCCAGCCCCUCUGAGAGCCCCCUGAUGGAGAAGAGGGAACUGAGGGAGGAGCCUGUACCCUGUACCAUCCUGAAGCCUGUCCCUGAGGAGCCCCCUUCACCCCUCUCCCCUGCCUUUCCCGCUGACCCAGACACCCUCUCCCAGCCUCCCCAAGAGGAGCGCAGGGUAACCUUUGGCAUUGGAGAUUCUGAUGAUGGCGACAACAAGGAAGGCAAGGAGUCUGAGAACGGCAACACCAAUGGUAAGUGAGAGUCAUGGGGAGGUUCUGGCUGCCUUGGUAAAGUGGUUGGGAAAAGUUUAAAAAAUGGGAUAAAAAUAUUCUGAAUAAUAAUGGUAAUCCAUUCUCCUCCAUGACUGACUGCACUGUUGCUUACUUUUAAAAUGUAUUUUUAAUCAGUCUCAAAAGUGCAGUUCAGCAAUGAUGUGCAGUUCAGCGACGGCCCUGCCCACGUCCCCAGCAACGGUUACAGCCAAUACCACACGGUGCACAAGGACUCCGGCCUCUACAAGGACCUGUUACACAAGCUCCACCUUACCAAAGUGGGCGACUGCAUGGGCGAGGCAGGCGACAGACCCAUCCGCCGCAACAACAGCUACACCUCCUACACCAUGGCCAUCAUCGGCAUGCACGGGGACUUCCGGCCCAAAGAGGGCGAGUUCCACGCCAGCGAGGACAAGGGUACAGAGGAGAAGAAGAAGCGUGUGCGCAUGGACAGCUACACAAGCUACUGCAACGCUGUGGCCGAGCACGGCGCUCCUGAGGGCCUGGGGGAGGCAGAGGUGACUCUGGAGAUGGGAGAGGAGGACGCUGGCAGCAGCCGCAGCUCUCUGGAGGAGGAUGGCCAUGACCAUGACCGCCCAGAGGUCUCCGAGCUCUUCAGGUUCCUCCAGAUCCUCACCGCCUGCUUCGGCUCCUUCGCCCAUGGAGGCAACGACGUCAGGUAGGGAGAUGUUCCAUCUUGGAUGAAUAGGCGUUUUACCGCUGUUUUUAAAAUCUUUUUUUGACUAGUAGUAGGGUUGCUGCUUAUGUUCAUGUAGAGGGACUUUUUGUAUCUGGUUUGUAUUUGCGUAACCUAGUCUCUUCUCCUGCAGCAAUGCCAUUGGUCCCUUGGUAGCUCUGUGGCUGGUGUACAAUAGUGGUUCGGUGAACUCCAGCGCCCCCACACCCAUCUGGCUGCUGUUAUAUGGAGGAGUUGGCAUCUGCCUCGGGCUCUGGGUGUGGGGUCGCAGGGUUAUCCAGACCAUGGGCAAGGACCUCACCCCAAUCACUCCCUCCAGGUAUGUACCAGACUGCCAAAUCUAAAUCAAACAGUCAAAUGGCACCUUUACAACAACAUUCCCCACAGACAUGAGACUUCACAAAAACACCCCCACGCUUCACUAUCCAUGAAAUGACAAAGGUACAUCGACAGACAACCAACCGUUGACUCAAUCUGGAUUUAUUUUCAUUGCAGUGGUUUCAGCAUUGAACUUGCCUCAGCUCUGACCGUUGUGGUUGCCUCCAACAUUGGCCUGCCUGUCUCCACCACCCACUGCAAGGUAAGCUGUUCAGCCUCAGACACUGGUCUGAUGUGGAGGGGAGGGAGCAGUAAACAGGAUGUCUGAGAUUGGCGGUUCAAACUGGUUCUAAUUUCCACUUUAAAACUCUCAAACCAAGACGUAAACAGAAUCCAUUCAGCUACUGUCAGGGGGAGUGUUGUCCACGUCUUAAUGGGCCAUGGUUCCUAAGUGUUUAUCAAAGGUCAGUGCGUCAAUCGUGUGUGUUUCCAGGUGGGCUCUGUGGUAGCGGUUGGCUGGCUGCGGUCCAGGAAGGGUGUGGACUGGCGUCUGUUCCGGAACAUCUUCAUGGCCUGGUUUGUGACUGUGCCCAUCUCUGGCCUGAUCAGCGCUGCCAUCAUGGCCCUCUUCAUCUAUGUCAUCCUGUGAGCCCAGGGCUUCCUGCACCCCACAACAGGGGAGGAGAAGGAACAAACGCCCGCUCGCACCAGGGGAGAGGAGGGGGAGUGAAAAGGAGAAGGGGUUGGAAGGCGGGUAUAUGCCCCUAACCAACAUACCCAAAGGAAAAAAUACAUGAAGAAAUGUUAAAGGGAAAAAAAUGAUGUUAUGAUAUUGGCCUGUGGUUCUUGGCUGCAUCAUUCUCAACCUUAAGUGAUGGUUGGUUGUUCCGCCAGAUCACUUCCAAUGGGACAUACAUUUUGUCUGACUUGGCUGUAUUUAUUUGCUUUUCAAUGCUCAUGAUCUUGUAAAUAACUAAUCAAAGCAUUUUCUGAUACUCCACUACUUCCGUUUUUUUUAUUGUGUAAUUAUGUACAUACAACCAUGUUCCUGUUUUUUUUUUUUUUAAUCUUAUUUUACAAGUUCAUAUGACACAAUUACAAUGCAGUAUUGGCCUUUAUUGAAAUAUCUAUUUCUCCUGACAUACAUAAUUUAAAAAAAAAUUAUGCUCAAAGUAACCUAGAAUUAGCAGUAUUUUUAGGUUGAAAAGUGAGAUUAUUGGGGUGUUCUCCUUUACAUGCCAUUGUCAAAUAAUUUGUUUGCGGGUCUUUUUGUCACUAAACAAGUUUAAGAAUUGUGUGUGGAAUUGUUUUUCCUCAUGUGCAGGAGCGCUUGUUUUCCCCUCGCCCUUUCCUGAUCGAACAGAGUUUGACUGUCACUCAGCAACUGAACAGAACCCUGGUCUGUAUAGAAGUACAGGAAACGAUGCGCAAGCCCCUCUGAGCUGAUUGUCUCAGCUUCCUCAACUUGUUACAAUGGUCCCUCUGAUUUUCUGUACUUUAGCUGUUAGUCAUUGGCUCUGCGUUAUUGUAAUGCAAUAGAUUUUUUUAUGUAGUGUCAGACUACCUAAUUUAACUGAAAUGCGCUCAACAUGAAACCAGACUGAGUAGACCCCUUUGUUUCUCUACUUGCCAUAUGCUCUUUGAGCACAGAGCAGGUGUUACGGGACCUGACCUAGCCUAGCUCUUACCACGCUGGCUCUUGGGACAAAUCAUUAUUCAUUGGGAAAUUGGCUAAAAUGGCACAUUUUUCUAAGUAAUGUUUAAGUGGUCUGAAUCAGUCACACUUUCAUGUGGCUAGUUAUUUUAAAUAAAAUUGUUUUAAUGGCAUCAUUGUAAGAAGUUGAAAUUGUCACUUUCAAUUGUUUUGAAGCAAGUGAAGGAUAAAACCAUCUAGUUCCAUACAUCAGUAUAUAUUCUGGGUUAGUUUUGGCAUUAAUCAUGGUGGUAGCAGACCUCUACUGAAAACACGAGGUAAACCUGAACAAAUUUAACACUCGUGAAAAGACCUUUACAUUUCCUGUUAAACUUGAUUGCAUCAAACUAGAUGGUGUAAUGCGUUAGUGCUGCUCAAGCCUUCUGUAGUCUCUGUUUUGCAAUUUAACUGCAGAAUUGUAACAAGUAACUUCCCUGUACUCUUGCUCUGUGGAAUGUACACUUGCAUACACAUCGGGUUGCUCUUGCCACCCUCUCUCAGCUAUAUGUUUUAUAUCUGGUUGAUGAGAUUAGUGUGAGAGGUGGCAGGUUACUACCCUAAACCUGGUGGUGUGUGGACCUUGACCAGAUGCUCUGUUGGAAAGGGGGGUGGUGUACUGCUGUGAUGCCACCAAGAGUUGCAGUACUGGGCUGCUGCAGUACUAAAUGCAUUUAGACUUAUCUAUGCUGUAGUUGCCUUAAAGUUGUUUUUUUAGUCACCAAAGAAAAUACUGGUUUGUUAUGCACAGACGGCAUACAGUCUACUCAGACUGGGGGAGGGAAAAUAAAUACAAAUUGAAAGCUA